GUGUUUUCAGUAAUUAUAUUGGAUCACCACUCUCUUGGAGGUUCACUUGUUCCUCUCCCAUGUGCUUAAACAAAAACAAAUACACAGCAGGCUAUAUUACAUAAGACCAGUGUUAUGUUGGUGUCAAAAAGGUGUGUUUUGCUGUCAGGAUAAGAACCAAUUAAAUUUCCUCUUUAGGAAAACACAGAAGAAUAAUUGAAUUCUCUAAAUCAAGUUCACUCUUUAAUCAGUCGAUCAAAGUCUCUUCCUUAAUUUGUUAAAGAUUAAUUGCUGAGAACAGAUGAACUGUCGCACUAUAUCAUCCUGCGUACAUCACCAGUUACUUUCUGUCAUCUUAAUUAUCAGACACAUGUAAUCAUAACCUGGCUUAUUUAGAUCUAAGUCUUGGGGCAAGUCAUUCAUUGUGCAACCAUGGCAACCUCUACAUCCUUGUCAUCUGGCUGCGUAGAUCUGUGCUCAGGUAGUCAUGGUUACAGGCUCCUUUCAUUCUCAUGUGAUGCCUGUCCAGGGACUAAACCACAGUUGUUCCAGGGUUGUGUUUUCAACAUAACCCUGAGUGAUCAAGUCCAAUGUUGAUUAAAAAAAUAUUCACAUAUAUAACAAACAUUAAUUAUCACCUCAAUUUAACCUGUAAUUUGUUCUUGACAUGAAGAAUGCAUAAGGAUGUCUUUAAUUUUAAUCUCUGUUUUCCUGAGCAGGUGUAUCAAACCCUGCCAGGAGUCAGACACUGCAACAGGGAUGUCGGAGUCAGAGCAGUUUUUGAAGGGGACGUCGCAGAUCAAGAUCCUUUCUGCAGACGACAUCGAAGGCAUGCGAGUGGUAUGCAAGCUGGCACGAGAAGUCCUGGAUAUCGCAGCCAUGAUGGUGAAACCAGGUGUUACAACCGAAGAAAUCGACCACACUGUUCAUCUGGCUUGUACAGCGAGGAACUGCUACCCUUCCCCUCUUAACUAUUACAACUUCCCCAAAUCCUGCUGCACGUCUGUCAAUGAAGUCAUCUGUCAUGGUAUCCCAGACAGAAGACCUCUACAGGAAGGAGAUAUCCUGAACGUGGACAUCACCGUCUACCACAAUGGUUUCCAUGGUGACCUCAACGAAACCUUCUAUGUCGGCGAGGUGGAGGAAGGAGCAAAGAAGCUGGUUCAGACCACAUACGAAUGCCUUAUGCAAGCCAUUGAUUCUGUAAAGCCUGGCAUCCGCUACAGAGAACUAGGUAACAUCAUCCAGAAGCAUGCUCAGGCUAAUGGAUUCUCUGUGGUGAGGAGCUACUGUGGCCACGGGAUCCACAGACUUUUCCACACAGCUCCCAACGUGCCGCACUAUGCCAAAAACAAAGCAGUGGGUGUUAUGAAGCCUGGUCACGUGUUCACCAUUGAGCCCAUGAUAUGCGAAGGUGGCUGGCAAGACGAGACGUGGCCGGACGGCUGGACGGCGGUGACCAGAGACGGGAAGCGGUCAGCUCAGUUCGAACACACCCUCCUGGUAACGGAGACCGGCUGCGAGAUCCUGACCCGCCGCAUGGAGGACAAUGGUGAUGCCCAUUUCCUGAGCCAAAUGUAGGCCGGACUAGAACGCACCAUGGACUGGACUCUCCGGGCAAAAAUGACACCCAGCACCUUUGGGUCUCACACAUACAUGCUGACAUGUCAAACAAGAGGCGCCACUUGUAGAGCUCCACGUUAGCAGCUCUGCUUAUUCUUUGAAUUAAAUAUCGGUUCCUCAAAUGAAAUGGAAGUACUUGAAAGUGUCUUAUAUCAAACGUGGAUUGCUUUAUUAGUGACAACUGUAUCCUCUGAAGGAAAUAUGUGAAAGUAUUUAUGCUUAGUCGUCAGGCUCGACAUCAGGCCUGUUUUGACCUCCGACCCCUCAUUGUGAGCUUUUAAUCGCUGGGUAGUUUUUGUCUGAGGUUUGUUGGAGCUCAGGGCAAGUUCUGCUAGUAUGCCACACUCUGCUUCUUUCCUCUCAGCCUCUGCUUAAUUGGACUUUCUAUAAAUUGACCAGAGAUAAGACUGAUAGCAACCAGCAAUAUUCGACACAGAAGGCAGGGUGAACAAGUCUCACAGGCUCAAACUUUGGCCAAAUUACAAUCCAGUUUCCUUACAGCUUCAUAUCAAUACCAGCUCAUCACAGCGUCAGGUUAAACUCCAGCCUGCUGACCUGCGCAAUGUUUAAGAUUUCACAGGAGGGGCAUGCCAACCUUAAUUGUUAACAAACUGAUUAUGACUUGUAUUGGUCUUCUACCAGUUUUCAGAAACAUCUGCAUGGAUUUCCAGCAUGAGAACGACACCACUGAGCGCUCUGCUCUUGUUCAUCCUGCUCUGUGGACUUCCCCCUCCUGUGUCUCGUGUUUCAAAUAGCUCUGGUGUAGCAAAACGAGCCUUAAUUUGAGAAUCUAAGAUUACAAACCACACCGCAUCUCAAGACCUGUAACUGACCCCCCCCCCAAAAAAAAAAAAAAAAAUUAAAAAUUCCUUCUUAUCUCACCAGUCACCAUUUACCUUCAUAUAGGGAGGAGGUGGGUGGGUGGGGGGGUUGUGGUGUGAGCAGUAUUCAUUAUUUCUAGAUUUUCAGAGGACUAAUGUGAUCACAGUUUCUCUGCCAUCUUUGUAUUUCUUCUAAUGGAGUAAUAAAUGACUCUUCUGUA